UUGAAUUCCGGCAGAGAUAAACAGUUUAAUUGUCAAAUUAGACAAUCCAAAUCUAUCGUUUAUAUUCCGUUGUUUGUAUGCGUUUUAUUCAUAAAACAUUUAUCCAAAAAUGUACUAUAGGGGCCGAAAACAACGAAGAUGCAUUUGCAAUACAGCAAGCUUGGUAAAGAAAAUUACUGGACAACCAAAACCUUUACCGUUUUCGGAGAUAAAUAAUAUCAGGUUAAAUCUUUUUACUGAAAGGAAUUCCGAUGGAAGUGGUUUCCUGGUUUUAAGAGGCAAAGACAUCUAUGAUAGAUACGAAAGACGAAUAAACGAUUUGGAUAUUAGAGCCAUCUGUAUUUACGUACGCGAGUUAAAACGACGCAUCACCAAAAUAGAUUUGAGUUAUAAUCAAAUAACAGAUGGCGGUUUCUUCAAAUUGUUAAAGAAACUGUUGGUCAAAGGCAGAUCUAGUGUAAUCAACUUAAAUAUUAUGAAUAACGAAUUAACAGAAAAAUCUAUAUUGAAUCUGGCGAAAUACGCUCCACUUAUCAAACUGAAAUACCUUAGGUUGAAUGGUAAUGAUAUAGGAACGAGAGGCGGCGAAUAUUUUGCGCAAUUUUUAUUAAAUAACACAAGCUUAGAAUUUUGUGAUCUUGGAGAAACAGGUCAAACUUUAUCAAGUGUGGCACAGAUCAUUACGGCUUUGAGAAAUGAUCACGGCGCCAAUGAAUCAGUCAGAGUGUUCGAUUUUAGCCGAAUACUGCCAUUAUUUAAUCGCUAUUCAUAUGAAACAAAAUGGAUGGCUUAUCACAUAGAAUAUUUACUUUCAAGAAACUCAACAAUCAUUGAAUUAAAUUUACAAAAGAAUGAAUUUGUCAGCCAUGACGUGGAGUACUUAGUCCGUGGUUUGAAAUUAAACAAAACAUUACUCUACCUUGAUUUGGGUUACAAUAAAAUUGGGGACUACGGAAUUGAAUUAAUAGCGAAAUAUCUACGAGAAUCUCCACAGCUUACACUCUUAAACGUAGCUGGGAAUAGCAUUGGAGACACUGGAGCGAGGGCUUUAAGUUAUGGUAUGCCUUAUUCAAAGCUACGCGCGUUGGACAUCUCACACAAUAAAUUAACGGACAGCGGUGUUCUAAAUAUACUAAAUUCAAUCAAAAAGCCUUACUUUCUUAGAUUUCUCAACAUCUGGGGCAAUACUUUCGGCCAUGUUACUUGUGGAGUGAUAGAUAGAAUGUUGGAAAGUGGCACCUUAUUUCAGCAUACAAUUGAUGUUAAGAUUUACGAAGUCGACAAAGUUCUCUUUGCAGCAUAUUAUCCAAAUCCAGCUGAUAGAAAUAAGCACUUAUAUUACUGUGAAUUAGAUUACGGAAUAGCGCAACCAUUAUAUCAUAUAAAACGAAACAUAAUUGAAGAGAAAAAGACUGUUAAAGUCGAUUGCAAGCAACGUCAUAAAUUAGAUAAAACGGAUCGUAAUCAAUUUUGAUGUAUUUUUGUAUUUGGUAAAUGGAAGUAUUUUUGUAUUAGACAUUAA